CACCACUCUUGUACUCCUUUGUGGGCUCCAUCCACUCCUCAAAUCUCUCCCAAAACCACCCUCUCCAUCUCCUCAGCCCAAAAAUACAGAGCAAAUCUCAUAAAAUUAGACACUAAUGACUCCUUCCAAUUUCCUCUUCAUCAUCCUCACCAUUCACUCCUUCUCCAUAUCCCUUCCCACAACAACCUUCACAUUAAUCAACAAAUGCCACUUCACCGUCUGGCCCGCCGUCCUCUCCAACGCCGGCCACCCCCCUCUCCCCACCACCGGCUUCGAACUCCCCACCGCCACCUCUCACUCCAUCCAAUCCCCUCCCGGCUGGUCCGGCCGCUUCUGGGGCCGCACCGGCUGCCUUUUCGAUUCAUCCAACAAGGGCUCCUGCACCACCGGAGAUUGCGGCUCCGGCAAACUCGAAUGCGCCGGAAAAUCUGAAUCACCGCCGGCCACUCUCGCCGAGUUCUCCCUCGCCGGCGGUGAGGGCAAUAAGUUAGAUUUCUACGACGUGAGCCUUGUGGAUGGGUACAACUUGGCGAUGCUGGUGGAAGGGGGGAAGGGAAGGUGCGCGCCGGCGGGGUGCGCGGUGGAUUUGAACCAGAGGUGUCCGGCGGAGCUGAGGGUUGGGGAAGGGGAGACGACAGCUUGCCGGAGCGCUUGCGAGGCUUUCCGGCGGCCGGAGUAUUGCUGCAGCGGCGAGUUCGCGAGUCCGUCGGUGUGCAGGCCGACGGCGUACUCCCAGUUGUUUAAGGGGGCUUGUCCGAAGGCUUACAGUUAUGCUUUCGAUGAUUCUAGUUCGACGUUUACCUGCGCCGACGCCGGCGAGUUUACCGUUACCUUUUGCCCGGAUGGGACGCCGAGCCAAAAGUCAUCAAAAAGUCCUCAAAAUAAUCCAACAGCAACAACGGGGAGAGGCGUCCCGCUAGACAACAACUCUUGGCUUGCAAGCCUCGCCUCCGGAUCUUCAUCUUCUCAAAAAAUGGGCAUGAAUUCUCCCCUCUUAAUAUUUGUUCUAUCAUGCUCUCUUUCAUUACUACUCAUGUUUUUCUCUUAAAAUAAUAAAAAUUGUAGGGUAAAUGUCU